CUUCAUUCAUUGGCGAUUCAGUGGGUAGGCUGCUGCUGAAAUUUCUCCUUCGAUUUCAGAUUUGUUUUAUUUCAUUAAACAUGAGGAUUUUAUACAAUGCACUAGGAAGAACUUAUUUCCCACGAAAUAGUGUAGGCUACAAGGGAAUUUCAACACUUGUUUUCACCAACAAUGCUCUUGUGGGUGUUUCUCGAUCUGUGUCAUUAUUUGCUCAGCGCUUCGAGGAGAAGAUGAGCGAAACAUGUUAAGGUAUUCAAUCGAGAGAUAAGGUUGGAGAACGGAGAUGACUGGGCUUUUCAAUAGGUUAUCCUAUUUGACAUUAAAUCCGAUGUUGUGAUACAUGCAUUGGCCGAUAUAUAUGACGGGUCAUCCAUAUUUCUCUGGAUCUAAUUUUUUUCACCAGAGGGGUGAUAUAGCCUGCUCUGACGUCUGCAUUAGAUAUUGCCCAGUGCAUUUGUUUCUUCUUCAGUGACUUUGAGUUGAGAGAAGCAACUCUACAUCAUCAUCAACAAAAAGGGAAUGAAGAUUUCAUUUGUCAUUUUUUUACCCUCAGCUGCCCCUCACCCCCCAACGUUUACAGCUAAAACAAAUCCUUAAACACAUCAUAGCCUACAUUGUGGAACAAUCUAUAGAGCCGGAGCAACGCUGGGACCAUGUUUAUUCCGCUGGUUUGGACUGGGAAAUUGCAACUGCCAAUUUAAUCAACAAGGCGCUGCUGUAAUUUAUAAAUCGUCUCUCAUUUUUGCCGGACUUUUUACUUUUUAAGGAAGACGAUUUGUUAUCACUUUUUGAAAGUCUUCUGUAGGCAGUUUUGAGCAAGAUGUCGGAUCUUCUGGUGUUGGUUGAGGGGGUCUGUGACCUGCACGGAUUUCCAUAGCUUGGAAAACAGCUGGGACCAAUUACGAGGUUUAAACACACGCAUGUUUUUUUAUAAAGCCAUUACAUGACCAAAUGUAUCAUAUAUAUUUUUUCAGCAAUUUAUUUGAAUUGCUUUUUUAAAACUUUAUUUUCACAAUUUUCUUUGGACCACAGGCGGUUGGAUUAUUGAAACUAUAUAAGGAUUUGUGGAAAUGUUGGGUCCUCAAGAAGAUAAAUUAUGUGGAAUUUUCUCUGCUUUGGCGGCUCUGUCCUUCGUUUGCUUUGCUCAAAGCACCUCCACUGGACAAACUGGAAUAUCUGUGGCCAAGGCCACAGUGGACAAGUUGCUGAAGGGGUAUGACAUCCGUCUAAGGCCUGAUUUUGGAGGUGCCCCAGUCAUCGUAGGAAUGAGCAUCAACAUCGCUAGCAUUGACUCCAUCUCAGAAGUGAACAUGGAUUAUACCAUCACAAUGUAUUUCCAGCAAAGUUGGCGAGACAAGCGUUUGGCAUACGCUGAGCUGCCCCUCAACCUGACUCUGGAUAACCGCGUGGCGGACCAGCUGUGGCUCCCAGACACCUACUUCCUUAACGACAAGAAGUCCUUUCUGCAUGGUGUGACAGUAAAGAACCGUAUGAUUCGACUGCAUCCUGAUGGCACUGUGUUAUAUGGACUCAGAAUAACCACCACAGCAGCUUGCAUGAUGGACUUGAGGAGGUACCCGCUCGACGAACAGAACUGCACCCUGGAAAUCGAAAGCUAUGGGUACACCACAGACGACAUUGUUUUCUACUGGCACGGAGGUGACACUGCGGUGACGGGGGUGGAUAAGCUGGAGCUUCCUCAGUUCUCCAUCGUAGCACUUCGCCUGGUGUCCAGGGAGGUCAGGUUUACCACAGGUUCCUAUCCCAGGCUGUCGUUAAGUUUCAGGAUUAAAAGGAACAUAGGCUACUUCAUCCUGCAGACAUACAUGCCCUCCAUCCUGAUCACCAUCCUCUCCUGGGUCUCCUUCUGGAUCAACUACGAUGCCUCUGCAGCUCGGGUGGCCCUGGGUGUUACAACGGUGCUCACCAUGACAACCAUUAACACCCACCUUAGGGAGACCCUCCCAAAGAUCCCGUACGUGAAAGCCAUCGACGUCUACCUCAUGGGCUGUUUUGUGUUUGUGUUCCUGGCCCUGCUCGAAUAUGCCUUCGUAAACUACGUGUUCUUUGGCCGGGGCCCCCAGCAACAGAAGAAAAUCCACGAGCGGCUGAACAAAACCAACAACGAGCGGCCGCGAUACGAAGAGAAGCGCCUGAGGGAACAGGACUCCAUUGCCACGCCGUUUCAAACCAACACCCUCAGGUCAUAUACACAGAGAAGAAAUCUGUACCUCGAGGAGCAAAGAAAAGUUGGGGUGGAUGCUUAUGGGAACAUCCUGCUCACCACAUUGGAGAUGAAUAAUGAGGUGAUGCCGUCAGAUGUGGGAAGUAGUGUCAGUGACUCCCGGAAUUCAGUGAUGUCAUUCGACAGCUCCGGGGUCCAGUUCAGGAAGCCCAUGGCUCCCCGCGACGGCUUCAGCCACCACUCACUGGACCGCAGCGCCAUGCGCAGCAGGGCCAACUGUCGGCUACGACGGCGCUCCUCCAAACUCAAGCUGAAAAUCCCUAAUCUGGCAGAUGUCAGCACCAUUGACAAAUGGUCCCGGGUCCUUUUCCCCAUCAUGUUUGGAUUUUUCAACCUAAUCUACUGGUUGUACUAUGUGAAUUGAUGUGCAUCCCACUAGGAAUCAUGGGCCAUAUUUUGAGAGCACAUUAAAUUGGCUUUGAUACAGUUGAAAAUAUGUAUACACAUGUACAAGUUGAUACAUAUGUAUAUGCAUAUUUCUAUAUAUUAUAUUUCUAUAUACACGUGUGUGUGUGUGUGUAAAUCUGAAGGACUUUUCUCCUGUAUAAAGCAUUAUUACAAUGACUUGAAUGUUUAAGAAUAAUUGCAAGAGAAACAUUUCAAGCCUUUUGAAAUUUCUCCUGAAGCAAACAAACAAACGAACGAACUAACAACCAUCAAAUCCCUUUGGGGGAUUUUGGAACUAAAGACUGCAUGAUAUUUUUGCUAAAAAGAAAGCAAAAGCUCUUGAGAGAAGAGAUGUCUCAGAGUCUCAUUGGCUUUUUAUUGAUACUCUGUAAUCAGCGUCCUCUACUGCAGCUCAUCAAAUCAGAGGUGGAUUGUGUGUUCAGGCAUCGGCAGAGUCCCUUAUAUCCAGCUUUACCCCCCCCCCCCCCCCCCCCAUCUCCCAUGGAUAACAUGCAGGAAUUCUCCACUUCUACUCUGUACAGCAACCUUGUUUGGAUUAUGUGUCGUUCCUUGGAUUAUUUCGAGUGACAUUGUUCUCUUUAUGGGACAUCAGCUCUGGUACAAUGCUGGUCUACAUUGGGGCCCAUCAGGAUGGGAUGUUAGAACACUGUGUUCCUGUCCAGAGUCAGUGCAAACUGAUCUUAAUUUCUCUUCUCAUGUUUGUUUUUAGAGCAGUUCUUUGGGGUGUUUUCAUUAUGGUUACAAAUAUGAUGAUUAUUGUAUUUCUUUUUUUACUUGAAAAUAUUGUGUUUUUGGGAGAGUGUCACUUGUUCUAGAGUUAGCGCAUUAUUAUAAAAAGACUCACAGGUAUGAAUUACUCAUUUUGUUUGAGAAAUAGACAUAUACAGUACAUUUUGUCAUCCAGUAUCCUCAAGGACAUAGUUGGAAAAUAUAAUUGUACUCUUUCUUUAACUUCCUGUGCUUGAUUCAUCUGUAGAUACAGUAUUCAUUGCCUCAUAUCCAGAUUUGUGUUCUGUAAGGAAGGAAAGACAACUAUAGUGAAUUAUUUAAAGUUAUUCCACUAUAAAGAUGUGAGAAAAAAUACUGUGCAUUAAAAAGAGAUAUCGCCAUUGUUUAUUUGUUUGAUAUUGAAAUCAACAUUUCAUCGCAUUGUGUGACCUGUUGUUGAACUACUCUCACUGUAAAAAAAAAAAAAA